AUGGACAUUGACCACGCGACCAUCUCCGAAGCAGAUCUGACACGUCUAUUGCCCACCUGUCAAAGAUGCCGUCGUCUGAGGAGGAAGUGCGACACAAAUCUCCCUGCUUGUCGUCUGUGUCAAAAGGGCAAAGCUGAGUGCACAUUUUUCGAUCAUGCCCUUCAACAGACUCUGCCGCGAAGCUACGUCCACUCACUCUUGACACGCUUGGGCCGCCUACGGGCUGUUCAGGCAUCUGUCAAUGGGACAAGUGAGCCUCUAAGUGCCUUCAAACUACCUCACCAUGAACGGAACACGUCGACGGCUUCCACCAACCUCGACCCUCCUCUCAACGACUGGGGCACUUACACCAGCGACCUGUCUUUCGACAAGCAUUUCAUCAUAGAACAUGCAAACCCCACGUGUUGGCAGUUCCUGGGUAGCAGCUCGCCUUACGCGCUGGUGGUUGAAGUCCUGGUACAUGCUCAGUCGAAGCUGGGUUCCAUAGUCCAUCAUCCAGACUAUGCCGGGCCUGAAUUUUGGCUCAAUGCCCAGAGCACAGAGGUCGCUGAACCACUACAACCGAGAGCUACACCGUCACGAGCGGAGGUUGAAAUGCUCAUCAAUUUGUACAUGUCGACCACGAACAUGCUGACGACCUUCUUCGAUCCCGAAGAUCUGGCUUACGAGAUUGACACCUAUUUGCGCAACCAUGGUUCAAAUGUCAAGUAUCUCACAGGCAAGGAUGCCCAUCAAUUUUUCCGAGUUGCCAUGAUCUGCGCCAUCGCUUCCGCGAACAAGGCGAGGCAUCAUUCCGUCUACGAUACCGAGUCCAUGGCGUAUUACUCUGAGGGUUUGCAGUGUGUUGAAGAGGUAACUUCUGAUGUCUCCCCGGAUGCACUUCAAGCCCUGCUCCUCCUCAUUCUAUUUACUUUGUUUCAGCCUCGCAAGGGUGACAUCUGGAAGUUGUUGGAUUUCGCCUGUCGUCUGAGCGUGGAGCUCAACUAUCAUACCGAGACCAACGACGAAUACGAGGACGAGAAAAGUCGGAAGAAGCGCCGUGGUAUAUUUUGGGGAUUAUAUUGUAUCGAGCGGACGAUGGGACAACACCUUGGCCGGCCAUCGGAUCUUACAGAAGAGAUCAUCACCGCCGAGUACCCUGCCUCGUUGAAUGAAGCCCCCAUGGCCGACCCAGACAUGCUACAGUCGAUAUUUACUUCACACUACUAUCGGCUGACGUAUCUACGCUCUGAGAUCUUUCGCGAAUUAUACCUUCCGGCUGUUGCACCGACCUUGCCUCGCAUAUGGUAUGAGCAAAGUGUCGAAUCUAUGUUGGCGUGGCGACGCGAACUACAGUUCAUCGAGACCGCACCUGGCAUGGGCAGUAUGACAUGUGAGACGGGGUUUGAUACUUCGAUCUGUUUCCUAUUUCAGCCUCUCUUACUGCGAGCACUGGCAGCGACGAAAGACUCAAUGUUAGGGCCAGAAAUUACCGAAGUGAUACCGCGGGAGAGCUACCAUUCUGCGGUGAAAGUUGUCGAAUUCUACAAUAAGCUCUUCCGUGGCGCCGAGGGCACUCCUUGGGGGAUGUAUCCCAUCACUAUGAUUUCGGCCCACUACAUCCAUCAGGCCACCAUCAUUAUUAUGGCACACUGUCUGUUGGCGAUUGAUGGGCGCUUGCCUGUCGUGAGUUUUUCGAGGGAACUCAGCGGCGACGCAGAAGGCCCCGUGGACUUCAGUGGAAUCCAUGAAAUAUCUGGGACUUGCUUGAUCUUGCUGAACAACUUAUCCAAGAAGUGGGCUGGCAUGGUGGGCAUAUUGGACAUCUACAAGAGUCUGCAAGCAAAGGUGUUGCCCAUCAUGAUGCGGAGCGGGCUGGGAUGA